GUCGUGGGUCCCGAGAGGGUCGGGUCCGAGCCCCGUGGGAGGCUCCCGGAGCGCAGCUUGGCCCAGCCUACCCACGCCGGCGGCCAUGGCGGGCACCCUAGACCUGGACAAGGGCUGCACAGUGGAGGAGCUGCUCCGCGGCUGCAUCGAAGCCUUCGAUGACUCCGGGAAGGUGCGGAACCCGCGGCUGGUGCGCAUGUUCCUCAUGAUGCAUCCCUGGUACAUCCCUUCCUCUCAGCUGGCGGCAAAACUGCUCCACAUCUACCAACAAUCCCGGAAGGACAAUUCUAGUUCGCUGCAGGUGAAAACGUGCCACCUGGUCAGGUACUGGAUCUCAGCAUUCCCAGCGGAGUUUGACUUGAACCCCGAGCUCGCUGAGCAGAUCAAGGAGCUGAAGGCUCUGCUAGACCAAGAAGGGAACCGGCGGCACAGCAGCCUCAUUGACAUCGAGAGCGUCCCCACCUACAAGUGGAAGCGGCAGGUGACCCAGCGGAACCCCGUGGGACAGAAAAAGCGCAAGAUGUCCCUGUUGUUUGACCACCUGGAGCCCAUGGAUCUGGCGGCGCAUCUCACCAUCUUGGAGUAUCGCUCCUUCUGCAAGAUCCUGUUCCAGGACUAUCACAGUUUCGUGACGCACGGCUGCACCGUGGACAACCCCAUCCUGGAGCGAUUCAUCUCCCUCUUCAACAGUGUCUCGCAGUGGGUGCAGCUCAUGGUUCUCAGCAAGCUCACCGCCGCCCAGCGGGCCCUGGUCAUCACACACUUCGUCCAUGUGGCAGAGAAGCUGCUGCAGCUGCAGAACUUCAACACGCUGAUGGCGGUGGUCGGAGGCCUGAGCCACAGCUCCAUCUCCCGCCUCAAGGAGACCCACAGCCACGUUAGCCCUGAAACCAUCAAGCUCUGGGAAUGUCUGACAGAACUAGUGACGGCCACUGGAAACUACGGCAACUAUCGGCGCCGGCUGGCAGCCUGUGAGGGCUUCCGUUUCCCCAUCCUGGGUGUGCACCUCAAGGACCUGGUGGCCCUGCAGCUGGCACUGCCGGACUGGCUGGACCCCACGCGGACCAGACUUAACGGGGCCAAGAUGAAGCAGCUCUUCAACAUCCUGGAGGAGCUAGCCAUGGUGACCAGCUUUGAGCCCCCAGUGCAGGCCAACUCCGACCUGCUGAGCCUGCUCAUGGUGUCUCUGGAUCAGUAUCAGACGGAGGAUGAGCUCUACCAGUUGUCCCUGCAGCGGGAGCCGCGCUCUAAGUCCUCGCCAACCAGCCCCACAAGCUGUACCCCACCUCCCCGGCCCCCAGUGCUGGAGGAGUGGACCUCAGCUGCCAAACCCAAGCUGGAUCAGGCGCUUUUGGUGGAGCACAUAGAGAAGAUGGUGGAGUCUGUGUUCCGGAACUUUGACGUCGACGGGGAUGGCCACAUCUCACAGGAAGAGUUCCAGAUCAUCCGUGGGAACUUCCCUUACCUCAGCGCCUUUGGGGACCUCGACCAGAACCAGGAUGGCUGCAUCAGCAAGGAGGAAAUGGUGUCCUACUUCCUGCGCUCCAGCUCCGUGCUGGGCGGCCGCAUGGGCUUCGUCCACAACUUCCACGAGAGCACCUCCUUGCGCCCGGUCGCCUGCCGCCACUGCAAGGCCCUGAUCCUGGGCAUCUACAAGCAGGGCCUCAAAUGCCGAGCCUGUGGUGUGACCUGCCACAAGCAGUGCAAGGAUCGCCUGUCCGUCGAGUGUCGCCGCCGGGCCCAGAGUAUGAGUCUGGAGGGGUCUGCGCUCUCACCCUCACCCACACACACCCACCAUCGAGCUUUCAGCUUCUCCCUGCCCCGCCCGGGCAGGCGAGGCUCCCGGCCUCCAGGUAAGAGGGGGUCUCAUUCUGUCCCGGCCUGUAGAGGGAGGGAGGCAGGGCCAUUGUGGCAAAGUAUUAAUCUAUCCAGGAUGGAAAUCAUUCCAGAGUUUGUCAUUCUCUUAUUUUGGUGGGGUGAUGAAAAAGGGUUGGACAGGUAAGGCUGCCAGAAGGUGGCAGGGAGCCCUUGACCUUUGGAGGCUGAGGCGGAAAGAGACUCUAAUAUAUAAAGGAGAGUAAAAGGGAAAGAAGCUUCAGGAUUCCAGUUGCACUCUUAUUUUGUUAGGGAGAUUGACAACGGAUUGGAGAAGGAAUUUUGUGAGCCGUUUGUCUGAAUUUCCCUUUUUGGCUUCUCUGGAGGCCAUCCUGAGAAAAGUUCCUUGCCCCGAAAAUCUCCGGACGGAUCUCUUGGGGUCUCUGGUGGUUUUAGGUCAGCUUUCUGAAUCACGAUUCCUCAAAUGAUUAUUUUGCUGGGAACAGUCUGAACAGCUGCGUUAAACUGGGGUCUAAGGGCAGUUGACCACAGCCAUUGGGAUUGGCAUAAGUCCUCAAAAAUAGAAAAGAUAAAACCAUUUGCAUCGAGCCUUCCAGAAGUGCUGGGGUCUGCAAUGUGAAAGACACACAAAAUUGACAUUUAAGCAGACUGCACGGACAGAUCUGUGGCUGCAAAAAAGAUGCAGCAGAAUAAAAACUUAGAGAAAGAGCCUCAAAAAUUGGGCCGUUGGGUCAUUCCGUGAAUUGAUUUUUGGUGGAUGGGUCUGCUUCUGGGUGGGACGGGUGCCUCCUGUGAGUAGGGGAAGGGCUCCUGAAGGCUCAGGGACCCAGGAGUUGGUCCUGUGGUCCCCCUCCCUGCAGAGAUCCGAGAGGAGGAGGUACAGACCGUGGAGGACGGUGUGUUUGACAUCCACUUGUAA